AAAGAGGACGAAGAAGAAGGCCGUGUUUGUUCAGAGCAGUAAUGGACGAAAGACACGACCCACCAUCGUGUUGCAGCAGCAGAACAGGCCGUCCCAGUGUAAACAAACAACUGCGCUGCUCUAACGACAGUGGCCGGGGACGGUGAGCUUCGUGUGUCUUCGGGUAUGACGGAAGCGGCGGGAUUUAGGAGCGCCAAGCUGUGGCUUUAGGGCCCCCGACCGGCACCAUGCAGCAGAAAGGCGCCAUCCAGAUUAUCGAAUGGGAGGACCUGGACAAGAGGAAGUUCUACUCCCUGGGGGUGUUCAUGACGCUGACCACCCGGGCCACCGUCUACCCGGCCAGCCUGAUCCGGACCCUGCUGCAGGUGCAGAAAGGGAAGGCGUUGUACACGGGCACCUUCGACGCCUUCUUCAAGAUCCUGCGGACGGAAGGCGUGCGCGGCCUCUACCGGGGCUUCAUGGUCAACACGCUGACGCUGGCGUCCGGACAGGCGUACAUCACCACCUACGAGCUGGUGCGCAAGUACGUGUCCCACUACUCGCCGAGUAACACCGUCAAGUCGGUGGUGGCGGGGGGCGCGGCGUCGCUGGUGGCUCAGACCAUCACCGUGCCCAUCGACAUAGUGUCCCAGCACCUGAUGAUGCAGGGCCAGGGGGAACACCUGACGCGCUUCAAGGUCAAGCCCAAGGUCAUGCUCUCCACGGCCAAACACAAACCCAACUUCGGCCAAUCGCGGGAAAUCACCGUGCAGAUAUUUGCAGUCGACGGGUUCAGGGGGUUUUACAGGGGCUACGUGGCGUCGCUGCUCACGUACAUCCCCAACAGCGCCCUCUGGUGGCCUUUUUAUCACUUUUACUCAGAAAAAUUGUCUUUAAUGGCACCAAGUGGGUGUCCCCACCUGAUUCUGCAAGCUGUGGCCGGACCAAUGGCGGCAGCGACCGCCUCCACCAUCACAAACCCCAUGGACGUUAUUCGUGCCAGAGUGCAGGUGGAGGGCCGGUCGUCCGUCAUAGAGACCUUCAAGCAGCUGCUGGCGGAGGAGGGCAUCUGGAUGAUGACCAAGGGGCUGUCGGCCCGCAUCAUCUCCUCCACGCCCACCUCGGUGGUCAUCGUGGUCGGAUACGAGACGCUGAAGAGGCUGAGCCUGCGCGACGAUCUGAUUGAGACCAGACACUGGUGAAAGACAGCGAGGCCCGGCGGGGGGGGGGGGGGGGGGGGGGGAGUGGGCGGGGCCAGAGCAGCCUUUCAGCAGGCGGUGACCCAGAUCUGUCCUGUGCUGUUUAGCUCUGUUCUUUUUAAAUGUGAGCCCGAAGAGAAAUCAUCCCCAGACAUAAGAGGAAGCAACUGGAAGGUGCUGAAGCCUGUUUAUUUUUUUUCCUUUUUACUGUCUGAUCUGUUGCCGUGGUCCGUGAUGAAACAAGCGAGAAGCGUUUCCGCCUGUUAGGCAGACUGCCGGACCCAACGGUUCUCGCUGUCCUGUGAUUUGCUGUACUAUUUGUGAAUGAUCCCCAUUGAAAUGUGUAGCAGGUACUGGCUUCUAGUUCAUGGUGCCGUCUCACUGUAUCACCCAGCUAGGUCUGGACAGAACAGAGAGGGGAGGAAAAAUCUGAGUUUUAAUCGAGACAAAUGUUUGGACCGGUCCGUAACUUUGUGUGCUGAAAAAGACGUUGCUUUCAUUCUGCUUCACUGUACAGAUAAUCCUCAGCCCCCCGGCUCUCCAGUCCACAUGGGUUUAUUUUGGGGUGUGCCAGGGAUGCUUAUCAGCGCUAUGCAGUCCAAAGCUAAACGUGUUUCUUCAAAACUUGGCAAAAAAAGUCCAGUUUGUAGCGAGCGUGGAUGGGACCCUAACCGUGUCGUGGGCAGGAGGGUGCCGGGUUUCAGAACCUCAGGGUCUCAUCUUUCCUUUCUGCAGACCAUGUGGUUCUGUUGGCUUCUUCAACCCGAGACCUUUAAGUGUUUGAUUAGAGUCCAGUCCUGUCAGUCUAAGGAAACGGGUGGAUUCCUCCUUCCAGACCGAGCCUCAGUUUCUGUCUCAAGCAGGGAUUGGAGUGUCUGUCAGUGGCAGCGGCGGCGUAGAGGACAGAAUCCAGCCUCGUCUCGCUGCCACUACUCCAGCCUGGUGUGGCGAAGGAAGCAAAGGGCCGAUUCAGGGCAACACGGCGGAGAGCGGCAAACAAGCGGCUGAAGUGGGCCUCAUCCUGAGGGUGGCUGGAGUCAGGCUCCUCCUGUCUAGUUCAGCCAUCCAGUCAGGUUCCCCUCUAUGUGUCUCGGUUAGAUUUUCCCAGCAUGACCAACAGAAAGGGACCUGGUACAGACCCUGAACUCUGGAACACCUGUGGAUCCCCCAGGACGAUGAAGGAGAGGCAUGUCUGGGUUCCCUCAUGCUGCCGCUGCCCUGAUGACCCAACGGAUGGACGUCUGCAGCAAAUCUUUUUACUUCUGAUUAUUUUAGCAGGUUGCCUCUUUUUAUAGGGGCGCCUCUGUUACACGUUUAACGCGUAUAUUUCUAUCUAUUAAUGCCUUGUAGAGCGCUGGUAAUGUCGUGCAUCGCUGCUGUUGAAGUGUUCACUAUGAGGGAGAGUUAACCACAUUACCAGUUCAAUGGUAGCCAGGGUCCCUCAGCCUGAUUUCACACAUUUCUACCUAGGCCCUAAACAGUAUGGGACUGAACACGGUGGUUUUCCUAUGGAGCACGACUCCCGGUGAGAAAUCUGAUCAUCCUGAGGACUGUGACUCCUCGUGGUUUCAUGGGGGACACCCUUCAGAUGAGGAUGGCAGCAACACGCAGCCUGGUUUCCUACGCCGCCUUCAGAGUUGACUCUUAUGUUUGGUACGUCAGUCAGUCUCUGCUGGCGGCUUCAGCCUCACUGCCAGCUCAGAGCCGACGUUGUGCUUCAUCUCUGUUCAGGUCAAGUACAGUGUUUCAGUGAAUACGAGUCUUUUGAUAUUUCUGUGAUCCAUAACACAUUAAAUGAAUGUGUUGACAUUGUAUUAAAUGUAUAGAGUACCAGUUGGAUUAAAAUAAAUAAACGCAGCGUUUUAAACUGA